AUGGCAGUCGUCUGGGGUCUGGAUCUCCAUGAGAUCCAUUGGCGCAAAUUCAAGGGCUCUUACAUGUUCACAAGGGAAUAUCAUCUCCGUCGCACCAAGAUGAUCGUUUAUCAACUGGCUAUGAUUCUCUGUGUCUGCUCCGAAUCGGUGGGGACGGCGGCCUUGUCUGACUACCUCGAUCAACAAGACGAAAUCCAAAGUGGUCAUCCCGGGAUAUACGUGUACAACAACGACUUUAUCGGAGCGGCAUCGUAUAAUAUCUUCGUGGGGAUCGCGGUGGCUUUUAUCUUUGGUGGUGCCUUUUUUUUCGACCUGUUCUGGCCCGAACGCCAUGAGAGUCGAUCGGUUCGGUUGGCCUGGAAGAUCUGCGCCGUGAUUGUGUCGGUGAUGAUGCUGAGUUCGGCGUUGACAAUGACGAUCAUCACGGCGACUGGCAGUGCACGUAUCGAUGGAACAGAUCCAGCAACCGCACGAGCAUUCUGGGAGGAGGCAUCCAAGAAGCCUUCGCUGCAAUAUCAUACCAACCCGAGGGCGAUCGCGUCGACGGUCCUAGCCUGGCCAGGAUGGGUAUUUACGGUCGUGAGCACUGUCAUUCUCUUCUUGUCGCAGCGACACGAUGACCAGUAUGGUCCCAAGUCUGGCUAUGGUCGACGCCUCGAAGAUGGUGCCGUGGGUGAGGCAGCUGGAGAAGUCGAGGACAAACGAGUUCCCAGUGUAUAAAGUAAUAUACGAUGGUUCAUCCAUUCGGAUCAUGAGGUGGUGAAUCGGUUAUGAAUCUGUAUAGUUUAUACUUUAUUAGCGAGUGUAUAAUGACCCUUGUUUGAUGUAUGUUGAUAGAGAUAGAGUGCCCGGAGUUAUUUACAUUGGAGUUACUGUGUCA